GAUGGCCAGCCACUCUUCUGCAACGCCACCUUACGAGACCGACCAGGCCACCACCCUCCAAGUCAUAGUCAUACAUACGCACUAUACCCAGGACCAUGACCCACGACGUCAACGGCGACUCGGCCGCCGACGAGUUCUGGCUCUUUGGCUAUGGCAGCCUCAUCUGGAAACCCCCGCCUCACUUUGACCGCAGGGUCCCCGGAUACGUGACCGGCUAUGUUCGGCGGUUCUGGCAAGCCAGCGAGGACCACAGAGGCACCCCCGAGGCUCCCGGCCGGGUCGUCACCCUGAUCGAGCGGGACUUCUGGGCCACCCUGGCCGACGACGUCCAACACCACGACUCGGCGCCCGACCGUGUCUGGGGUGUCGCGUACCGCAUCCGCGCCGACAAGGUCGCAGAGGUCAAGGACUAUCUCGACAUCCGCGAGAUCAACGGCUACACGAUCCACUACACGGAUUUCCAGCCCGCUCCUCCUGCUGCCACCACUCAUGAUGGACAGGGACGACAACAACAGCAACAACAACAACAACAACAACAAAACCUCCCGCCAACGGUCAAGACGCUAGUGUACAUAGGCACGCCCACGAACCCGCAGUUCACCGGCGCCCAGGAUCCCCAGGCCCUGGCGGAGCACAUCUACCACAGCAGCGGCCCCAGCGGGACCAACAGGGAGUACCUGCUCAACCUGGAGACGGCGCUGGACGCGCUGGCCCCGCCGGACAGCGGCGACGCGCACAUCACGGACCUGUGUGAUCGCGUCAGGAGGAUCGACAGAGGCAGCGGCGGCGGCGGCGCAAGCGCAGCGGUGGUGUCCCCCGUGCAGGAGGAGAACCAUGGCGUGGGCAAGAAUCACUUCCGUCGGCGGAGUAGUGUGGUCGAGCAGGAGGAGACAGAGAAGUAGACCCAACUCACUGCCUCGCACUCUGGGCCGUCUUCACUUGGUGCCGCAUGCUCUACGAGAGGAACUCUAGUGCCAACCUCAUACUAGCAGGGGCUGAAUAGACUAUUCAUAGACUCUGUGAACCUGGGU